AUGAAGUCCCCCUCAGCUUCCAGAGUCAAGCCCCCCUUGGCCUCCUCCGCCCGAGACCAUGCCGCCUCGUCCUCCAAGCCCGCCCUCUUCUCGCAAUCGCCAGAGGCCAUCGCUUCCGCCGACGCUGGCUUGAUGAACCCGCUCAAGAGACGGAUCCUCGACGCCAGCGUCGACUACCCUCGCCGAAGAGCCACCAUCGCCUGCGAGGUGUGUCGCUCGCGAAAGUCUCGCUGCGAUGGCACAAAGCCCAAGUGUAAGCUCUGCGCAGAGCUGGGCGCCGACUGCGUCUACCGCGAGCCCGGCGUCAAGCUCGAUGCCGGCGACAAGCUCAUUCUCGAGCAGCUCAGCCGCAUCGAGAACCUCCUCACCCUCACCAUGGCUCAUACCUCCCACGCCACUGCUGCCCUCGACGCCAACCAUCACAACUCCCCUUCCGCCAGCAACGGCACCAGCCUCGGCACCGAUCAUGCCCUCUUGCCCGCCUCGUCCUCCGUGCCCUCCCUCGUGCCCAACGGCGCCUUUGCCUCGUGGACUGCUGCUCCCGCCGCCACAAACAUCUCCGUCAUGCCCAAGAGCCACACAAACGCCACCAUGCAUCUCCUGCGCUGGCCCCGCAUCCGCCAGCUCGUCCCUCGCCCCUACGAUCCCCAGGCCUUGCUCCAGCUCGAAAUGGCCCGCGAGCCCCUGCACUCGCUGACCAAGACGCCCUGCGUCGACCUCUCAAACACACAGGCCUACAUCGAGGCUUACUUUGAGCGCGUCAAUGUCUGGUACGCCUGCGUCAACCCCUAUACCUGGCGCAGCCAGUAUCGCACCGCCCUCUCCAACGGCUUCCGCGAGGGCCCCGAAAGCUGCAUCGUCUUGCUCGUCCUGGCCCUUGGCGAGGCCAGCCUACGCGGCAGCAUCUCCAGGAUCGCCCCUCACGAGGACCCCCCGGGCCUGCAAUACUUCACCGCUGCCUGGUCCCUCCUCCCCGGCAUGAUGACCACCAACAACGUCCUGGCCGCCCAGUGCCACUUGCUCGCCGCCGCAUAUCUCUUUUACUUGGUCCGCCCCCUCGAGGCGUGGAACCUGCUUUGUACGACGAGCUCCAAGCUGCAGCUGCUGCUCAUGGCUCCGAAUCGCAUCCCGCCCCACCUGAGAGAGCUGGUCGAGCGCAUCUACUGGAACGCCCUUCUCUACGAGAGCGACCUCCUCGCCGAGAUGGAUCUGCCUCACUCUGGCGUCGUCCAACUAGAGGAGCACAUCGGCCUUCCGGGAGGGUUCGAGGGCGACGACCAGGACCAGGUCGCCCGCGACGAGCUGUGGUAUUUUCUCGCCGAGAUUGCCCUGCGCCGCCUGUUGAACCGCGUCAGCCAGCUCAUCUAUGCCAAGGACUCGACCCUGACCAUGAGCACCCUUGAGCCGGUCGUCGCCGAGCUCGACUACCAGCUGACCCAGUGGUAUGAUAGCCUGCCAUUGCCCCUGCAGUUCUCCUUUUCCCGAACCGCGCUGCGGGAUCCGGUCCAAGCCGUUCUCCGCCUUCGCUUCUAUGCAUGCCGAACCAUCAUCUACCGCCCCUACAUCCUCGCGGUCCUCGAAAACGAGCAAGCUGUGCUAGACCCGUCGGUCCGCGAAGCAUGCCAGAAAUGUUUGGAGGCGUCCGUAAGGCAGUUGGAAUACGUGGCGGAGCACCAAGCGGGCCAUAUGCCCUACAUCUGGCAAGGCGCCCUGUCCAUGGUGUCGCAAACGCUCCUCGUCAUGGGCUCAUCCAUGUCCCCCUCCUUGCUGAGUAUACUCCUGAGUUUCGUCCCCCACCGCGAGGCGCUGGAUCGGAUGAUUGGCGAGGUCAUCGUGGAAAUCGAGUGCUACGCGCCUUUGGCGCCCAGUCUCAGCCUCGUGGCCGAGAUUGUCAGGGAAGCAGAGGGCAGGAGACGAACAUUACUGGGCGGCUGA